AAGAUCAGCUUCUUUUCCCAAUCUCAGCUAUAUAUCUAUCUCAUGUUUUCUAUAAGCUUGUGUGUCGUAUUCACCAUGCUAUAUAAUCACUUGUGAUACUUCCAAAACUUUUGUGUUGUGUUGUUGUAUAGGGUACUUCACUACUAAGUCAAAGGCGACACUCUCAUAUCGUUUCACUUUUCAAAUACACAAAGGCUGAAAGGGCACUGAGUCAAAGCCAGUCAACACUCGUAUAUAUUAAAAGGCUGCAAUCUAGAUGGAAAAUCCGAAUCCUGAUGUUGCAAUCAAGAUCAAAGCAAUGUUGGAGGCAGCACGACCUCGAUUUACAGAGAAAUGCUGCAUCUACAGGGUGUCCCAUGAGAUUCGCAAAUCAAAUGAAGAUGCAUACACUCCAAAGGUUGUUUCAAUUGGUCCUUUUCACCAUGGGGAUCAAUAUUUGCUAAACAUGGAGGAGCCAAAAAGAAUAUUUUGUAGACAAUUCAUUGAAAGAUCUAUGAGAAACAACUUGGAAAGUUUUGUUAGUUGCGUGCAAGAGCUCGAACCAAUGGUUCGUGCUUGUUACUCAGAUAACAUCAAGCUUACUGAGGAAGAACAUGUUAUGGUGAUAUUGGUGGAUUGCUGCUUCAUAUUAGAAUUUUUACUCAAGUUCCAUUUUGGGAGUACACAUCAUGAUGCCAUUAUUCUGCCACUAAAUUUAAGGGAUCCUAUAGCAUAUGAUUUGUUGUUGCUUGAGAAUCAAGUCCCUUUCUUUGUUCUUGACAAGCUUUAUAACCUAGCUUUUGAUUCUCCUCCAUUUCCAUUACUAGGGCUCGCUUUUUAUAUUGCUCUGUAUAGUAUCAUCGUUCCUGAUAAUAUCUUGUUUGGUAAUAUUCAAGCCUUAUCCAACGAUAAUGAAAUAGCUCAUUUUAUAGAAUCCAACGAUGAUGAAAUAGCUCAUUUCAUAGAUCUAUCAAGAAAAUUUCUGUUAACAUCCUCUCGCUUAUUGCAACCAUCAGCCUCUGGAUGCUUAAGAAAAGCAGAGUUCCCCCACAUUUAUAGUGCCACUGAGUUGAAUGAAGCAGGAGUGAAGUUUAAGGUAAAGAAAAAUAACCAAUGCAUGCUAGAUUUGGAACUUUCAGGUCAUUGUUUGAGAGUCCCAUCUAUUAGAGUGACAGCCUUUACUGAAGCUAUUUUGAGAAAUUUGAUAGCUUUUGAGCAAUGCCACUGUAUGAAGGAAUCUUACCUCGCUGACUAUAUUGUAGCCUUGGAUUUCCUUAUCAACACAGAAAAAGAUGUAGAUUUGCUGAUUAAGAAAGGGAUAAUUGAGAAUUGGUUAGGUGAUAGCAAUGCAGUGGCUGAAAUGUUCAAUGGUCUUGCACUGCGUGUUAUAAAUCCAGAUUUUAACGUGCAAUAUAUCCGUAUUUUCAAAGAGUUGAAUGCUUUCUGUGGCCACCCUUGCAACAAAAAAGUUGCAACUUUGAGGCGUGAUUACUGCAACACUCCAUGGAAGACAGUAGCUUCAAUUGCUGGAAUUUUUCUGCUUAUUCUCACUGUUAUUCAGACAGUAUUUUCUAUCCUUCAAGUGGUACACUAGAUACUAGUGCUAGAUUAAUGUUUGUGUUGUGACUGGAUGAUUAUAAUAUGGUAGACUUGAUAUGUUUGUAUUUUGGAAGAACUAAAAUGUUUGUUAUGAAUAUAUGUAGUCCAUAUAUCUUGUAAGGGUCACUAUGUUAUGUAAUUAUUGAAGAC